AAAUUCGUGGAUUCUUCAUUGUGAAACGUCAGUCGUUGUAUUGAAGUAUGGAAUAUGAAUUAUACCUAUAAUGGUAAAUGAUAUUCUACAACUUACUUAAGUUGAACUCUUUCCUGAAUUUUAAACCAUUUUAAAGUAUACGUACUAUAGUAUUAUAAUUACAAACGUUUAUAAUAAGAAUAUGAUAUUGUUUGAAUACUAUGUAGCCCCACUGCCGAUACACAGUUAAGCAGUGCUCAUCAAUUGCAACACAGUAUUUUGUCCACUAAUCAAAUAAAUGGACCCGCUCAGCGACGAUACUAUCCCUUUCGGGGAGGAGAACACUACAAACUCUGGAAAAUUACCGCAUCCAUGUGUAACUUUUUUUCACUUAUUCUUCAGAGUGUCUGCUGUUGUCAUCUAUUUUUUCGGAAGAAUAUUUACUGAAAGCUUUAUCACAUUAUUUGUUCUUAUAAUUUUAUUAUUAUCUAUGGACUUUUGGAUUGUGAAAAAUAUAACAGGUCGUAUUAUGGUCGGCCUCAGAUGGUGGAAUUAUGUAGACGAUGAUGGGGUUUCACAUUGGGUUUAUGAAUCACGAAAGCAUCGAAUUAACUCCAGUGAAUAUAGAAUAUUUUGGGCUGGACUAUGGUCUGUCACUGGAAUGUGGAUUUUAUUCUUUAUCACAUCAUUCUUUAGCAUAAAUUUUAAAUGGAUGUUAUUGGUCAGCAUAGCGUUGACUUUAAACAUUGCAAAUUUGUAUGGUUAUAUUAAAUGCAAAGGAGGGAAUCAAGAUAACCUGGGUAUUUCUUCAAUGGCCAGUAGUUUUAUUUUUCAAAACAUUGGAAAAGUAAGAGAGACAAUGUCAAGUUUAAAUAAUCCUCCAAGCAGUCCACCAAAUAUAAAACCAACUGGUAUUGUCUAAUAUUAAAGAAAAAAUGAAUUGUUACUCCAACUGUAUGGCUAAAUGUAAAUUAUAAUUAUCUGUAUGUACCAUUACCAUAACUAUAUAUUAUAAUUGUGUACAUGGGUAAAUGAAUUAUGAAGUCUAAUAAAAAAACAACAUGCAUUAUUAAAGAGUUUACAAAUACAAAGAAAUACAAAUAUUUGCUUUAUAUCAAAAAAAAAAAAUAAUAAUAAUAAUACUUUGGUCU